CCGCAACUCGUCCCCAAACAUUUCUUUCGGUUGCUAAAUGCCGUUCCCGACCGACGGCGAGCCCGGGUUUUUUCUUGGGUGACUUGUUUGCUUUUUUUAUCCUUUUCAGCCUCUUUCUCAACCCAUGGGACCGCCUUGUACAUUCACCCACCUUUUUUCUUUUUGCCCUCCCCUUCUUCUUAUCACCCUUCUGCCGCUGGACCAAAUAACGAUCGGCUAGGGACGUUGGUCUUCUUUUUUUGCCCUUUUCAUCCGGUCGAUCUGAACCAUUCAAUUCUUUUAUUCCACCCUUUCUUUUUUUUUCCUUAUUUCCUUCUUGAAGUUUUUGCGGGGAACGUUCUCUUGGCUUUCGUCUUUUGUGUACUACCAUACCAAAGUCCAAGUUCUGAUUCAAUAUUAACGUUCCCUUCUCAGACUUCUUUUCCCUUUUUUUUCUUCGCAUAUCAAGAAACCACUGGCGGGUACGGCUUGGUCUUUAGAAAAUUAACAUUCUUGUUUUACUUAAUUUCUAUUGUAUCAAUUCGUUCCAACCUUUGGUCUUACAUUCUUGGCCAGUCCAUAACCAUCCCUUUUUUUUCUCUUCAACUCUUUUCUUUGUGGCACCUGGUCUGCCCGAAUAUUCUUCAUUCUCAACUUCGUUUCAUCUGAUCAAUUUCAUCCCCUUUGUCUCUUUUUUUUUCAGACCUUUUAUACAAAAUCACAAUGGCUGGCCUGUUGAACGGAGUGGGAGGCCUGGUCGGCGACACCGCCGGAAGCGUGACCGUACCUCUCCUCGGGCAGGAGAGGGGUGGCAACAGGAACGGAAACGAUGGGAACCAGGGAGUGAGGCCUCCGCGUGGUGGCCUGCUCGCCCCCGCCCCUUCGUCCUCGGGCUCACCCUCGUCGGCGCCAGAUAGGAACAGCGCCGCCGAUGGCCCGGGUCUCAUUCAAUCCUCGGCACCGAACCUGCUCCCAACCCUGCCGCUGGGGAACGGCGGCGGCAGCCGGAGCACCGCAGCCCCCACGAGCAUCGCCAGGACCACACAAAAGGGCAGCAGCACCGCAGCACCCUCGACCUCGGCGACACCUACAUCUGCCCCAUCAAACACGCCGACGCCGCCCGCGCCGACGCCCGAUCCGGAACCGACCUCGAUCCUGCCAACGUCGCCACCAGAGACGACGCCGCUGGCACCGCUCCCAACGACUCUCGAGACCAUCGCCACGCCGCUGCCCACGGCGAGCAGCGUGCCCAACGCUGGUCAGGGUCUGGGCGCACCACCUUUGGCAACCCCUAACGCGGCGCAGAGCCAGGCCGGUGGUUUCGUCAUGGACCCAACCAAGAACCCGGUCAUGAUGGCGCUGGUGAUCGCAGUGCCGAUCGGACUGGCGGUCAUUGCCGGCAUCACGGUGCUUCUGUUCAAGAAGGGCUGCUUGGGCAGCGGGCGGCGCAAGGGCAGGGUGAUUCAGGACGAGAUCGAGCACGAGGCGUGGCAAAAGGUGCACGCGCAAAAGUUUGGUCCUUCGGCCAACUACUAGGCUCGUGCUCCCUCUCCAAACUAACCAUCACCUGAGGUGUUGGUCUGGAGCGGCUGGACUUUGUUUGAAAUGAUACAAUACAACAAGAACAAAAAAAAAGCAGAGAACAAAGUUUUACAAAUGGUGGAUUAUGCAUGCUUUUCAGUUGGAGCAAAUCUAAUGUGUUUAGCAUGCAAGAUCGAACCUACAAGCUACUAUCGAAGAUUUUUUCUCCGCAUCAAAAAAAAAACGGUUACAAUAUCUGCAUACCUGAGACGAAUUUAGCAAACUUUCUGGGAAUUAUUGAGGAGGCUUCAAAUAUUUUGAAGAAGACGCGGGGGAAGAAAGCCAUGCAGCAAAGCGAGCGCAGCAAACGAGCAAAGCGAAUGCAUUCACGACAUCAUUUACUACACACCUAUACGGAUACCAUCACGCAUCACAUAAACUUUACAUCUCUUUUUCUUUUUUUGCUUUUUCACUUAUUCUGCGGGUUGUCUUUUUUGGGAUUGAUAUUUAGGGGAUAUGGCGCAUGUACGAUUAGAUACCAAACGUCGAGCAUCACUUGCCGACUGAACACAUUCGUUUUUUUGUUCUGCAUUACUUGCUUGAGGUACCUCCUGCUUCAUCACAAACAGUAAUUUCAU